GCAAACUAAAUUUUCCAUUGGCAUUUUUGAUGAAUUGUUAUGCGAAAGCUGUAAAGAUGCCAUGGCAGUUAUUGGAUGUCAAGACUGCAUUUCACAUAGAUAUGUCUGUGGGGAUUGUGAUGAGGAGAACCAUAAGAACCAUCCAUUUCAUGAUCGAGAUGCAAUUUUGAAUGGUUUUCAUGAACCUAUUCCUCCAACAGCCUCAAUUAACAGCAAACUGGAAUGGAUUACUGUUGAACGGUCCCUUCCAUUUGGUGAUGUUAUUUGUCCCACAUGCCUAUUUCCUUGCAAUAUUUUAUAUGAUGAGAAGGGUAUGGGUUGCAUUGCUGUAACAUUGAAAGAAGAUUGUUCCUGGAAUUUCUCAAAAUAGUUUUGUGAAAUCACUAGAAAUGUUUUCGAUACAAAAAGGGCGGGUACGUUUAAACCAACUUCUAAGUAUCAACUUCAAUGUAUCGCUUCAUGCAAAAAAUGGAAUCCUGUUCUUUUAUGAUUAUGUUUGCUAAUUGCCUCAGUAGUUAAAUAGUUGUACAGAUAUUAGUUUGAUGUAUCUUUCUCUAUCUUUUAUAUAGAUGGGAACAAUUAACAGCAAAACAUU